AUGUAAUGGGUGACUUUUUGCAUUGCCCCGAAUGCAGAAAAGUGUCUACAAAUUUUUUUUAUUUUUUUCCUGCACUGCAUCCCCAGCGAGGGAGGGGUUGUCUGUAUUUGAUGUAAAUGUCAGGACCGACAGAUUAGUAUUAAUGUGUUGCCGCAGAUGUGACAAAGUGAUUCUUGUAGCACGACAGAGAACAUCCCCUCCAGUCAUGGCCUCUGACCCGAACGGCUCCAUUGCCAGCCGCAGCCCGGCCAACCAGUUCGUUCAGCCGGCGUGGCGAGUGGCGCUGUGGGCCCUGGCUUACUGCGCCGUUCUCGGCGUGGCGCUGCUGGGCAACGCGGUGGUCAUCUGGAUCAUCGUGGCGCACAGGCGGAUGAGGACCGUCACCAACUAUUUCCUGCUCAACUUGGCGCUGUGUGACGUGUCCACGGCCGCCUUCAACACGCUCGUCAACCUGAUCUACGCGGCCCACGGGGAUUGGUACUUCGGGGAAGUUUACUGCAGGUUCCACAACUUCUUCCCGGUCGCCGCGGUCUUCGCCAGCAUUUACACCAUGACCGCCGUCGCCAUUGACAGGUACAUGGCCAUCAUCCAUCCUCUGAAGCCUCACCUGUCAGCCAAAGCCACUCUUGCUGUGAUCGUGCUCAUCUGGAGUCUGGCCGUGGUCCUGGCCUUCCCGCUUUGCUACUUCUCCACAACCCGAGUCCUGCCCCGCAGGACCCUGUGCUACGUGGCAUGGCCCCGCAUGGCAGACGACGCCUUCAUGUAUCACAUCGUGGUGACUGUUCUGGUCUACGUGGUGCCUUUAGUGGUGAUGGGCAUCACCUACUCCAUUAUUGGGGUGACCCUGUGGGGAGGGGAGAUUCCUGGAGACACAUCUGAUAAUUAUCAUGGACAGCUGCGGGCUAAAAGGAAGAUUGUGAAGAUGAUGGUGGUGGUGGUGGUGACCUUCGCCCUCUGCUGGCUGCCCUAUCACGUCUACUUCCUGGUGACGGGCCUCAACAAGCGCCUGAGCAGGUGGAAGUCCAUCCAGCAGGUGUACCUGGCAGUGCUGUGGUUGGCCAUGAGCUCCACCAUGUACAACCCCGUCAUCUACUGCUGCCUCAACAGCAGGUUCCGGGCCGGCUUCAAGCGAGUGUUCCGCUGGUGUCCGUCCAUCCGGGUGUCGAGCUACGACGAGCUGGAGCUCCAGAACCGGAGGAUGCGCCAGGGUCGCCAGAGCAGCAGGUGCACACUCUCCCGGGUCGACAGCAGCAUCCUCAGUAAGGACAAGAGCGUCUGCUCUCGUGGAAAUAGGUCAAAGUGUAAACCGGAGCCCGAAAAUAAACAUAAUUAAUUAAUUAGUUUUAGUAUUUAUUAUUACAUAAAAUCAUGUUUUGUUUAUUGGCUAAUUUGUUAUUUAAAUCAAGUAUUUAAUCCAACACAAUAAGUUUGUGGAACAAUGUACUGUAAUUAAGAUUACCGUAUUUUUCGGACUAUAAAUUGCUCCGGAGUAUAAAUCGCACCGGCCGAAAACGCAUAAUAAAGAAGGAAAAAAACAUAUAUAAGUCGCACUAAAGCAGUAGUUCUUAACCUAGUUGGAAGCACCGAACCCCACCAGUUUCAUAUGCGCAUUCACCGAACUCUUCUUUAGUGAAAAAUAAAAUGUUGUUUUUUUUCAAAUUCAAGACAAAGUUAUAUGUUUUUGGUAACACUUUAGUAUGGGGAACAUAUUCUAAGUAACAAAGACUUAAUUUAGAGUUAUUUGGUUAGGGUUAGGGCAUACUUGCCAACC